ACGGUCUUCAUUGAUCAUGCUGCCCGUCGAACUACACUGAUCGAUCCGCGCCUUCCUGCUCCAACCGUUGAUCGUAAAAGGGGACGGAGUGCUCCUCCAGCUCGACGGCAGAACUGGACAAAAACGGGAACCUAUUGGAUUUGGCGAGCCGUACCAGCUGAGAUAGCAUUGCUCGUCGAGGAGCGGUUACCUGAACUGGCGCCAAAGAUCAGGAAAAAGUUGCGGCUAAUCGAAAGACUUGGAGCCGUCGCGUUAGCACGAUUGGCUAACGACGUCGACUUGAUAACGGCAAUCAGAUUUCGGUUCAGCCGUUCAAAUCUCCUCCAGGAUGCGUUCGACCAAAUCCUUGCAGCGGAUCCGGUCACACUACGUCGUGCGAGACUAUCAAUUGCGUUCGACGACGAGGAGGGGUAG